AAGGUUUGUGUGUUCGAAUUUUCGGUUUUUUUGUCGUUAACCAGCAGCAGCAACACAUGGACGCGAGAGCAUUACAGCCCCAAACGGUGCCUUAGAAGCAAGAAAUUGGAAGGGAGGACACGCUACGACUUGUAGUCCACGUUCUUUGUUCCUCCCUGCUUUCAUCUCUCUUAUUGCGAGCUCCAUUCAACAUACACGUCAGUCUUUUUCAGAGUUAUUUUCUUUCUUCAGUUUAAUUUCUGAUUCACAACCCAAUUAAUCUCGCUCAUCAGCAAUUAGGGCAACACAUUUGUUCCACUUCCAAUUACUCUGGUGUGUAUUGUUUAAAUGGCGGCAGUAUUGGCUUCACAAAGCUAUUGUUGCUGCAAUAUGGAUUUGAUGAAUCAAGGAAGAGCAAUGGGUACGCUUGGUUUUUCAAGCUCAAUUUCCGAUGAGUUCACGAGGUUUGAUUGGCAAGCAAGUAAUAGGCCAAUUAGCGCUGCAAAAUCAAUCAAAUUUCAUGUGGAAAUGCGGCAAACUGAAUUGCCAUCGAAAUUGGGUGGCAAUGGGAGAUUGGGUAUCAACGGGAAAGUAAGUAUCAAGAAACGAGAUGUUAAAAUGGUACCUGCAAGUGAGGUAAUGAAUAGAAAAUCCCCAAACAGUAAUAAAGUAAAUAUGGUGCAUGGAUCAAGGCAGGUUGUCAAUGGAGCAAGUAUAGUUAAGAGAGAUCCUACUCCUGCCCUUUCAAAGACUUUGAACUUUAGAGACUACAAAGAACUUCCACCACUGGAAGAUUUAAAGGUCCUUCCCUCGGAUGAGGGAUUUAGUUGGGCUAAUGAAAACUACAAUUCCUGGCAAAGGACCGUUGACGUCUGGUCUUUUGUGAUUUCCUUACGUGGUCGUGUUCUGUUGGACAAUGCAAAAUGGGCGUAUUUGGGAGGGUUCACGGAAGAGAAGCAGAGAAACAGAAGACAGCAAACAGCCUCAUGGCUACGUGAGAGUGUAUUGCAGCUUGGCCCAACUUUUAUCAAACUUGGACAACUGUCAUCAACAAGGUCUGAUCUGUUUCCCCGUGAGUUUGUCAAUGAGCUUGCCAAGUUGCAGGAUAGGGUCCCCGCAUUCUCACCAGAAAAGGCUAGAAGCCUCAUCGAGAAAGAACUUGGAGCUCCAGUUAAAAUAUUGUUCAAGGAGUUUGAGGACCGCCCAAUAGCAGCUGCUAGUCUUGGUCAGGUGCACCGGGCCAUCCUGCAUAAUGGAGAGAAAGUAGUCGUGAAAGUUCAAAGGCCUGGUCUCAAGAAGCUUUUUGAAAUUGAUUUGCGGAAUUUAAAGCUGAUUGCAGAAUAUUUCCAGAGAAGUGAGACCUUUGGUGGUCCUACUAGGGAUUGGAUUGGUAUAUAUGAAGAAUGCUCAACGAUAUUAUACCAAGAAAUUGAUUAUAUUAAUGAAGGGAGAAAUGCUGAUAAAUUCCGCCGAGAUUUUCGGAAUGUAAAGUGGGUUCGAGUACCUUUGGUGUUUUGGGAUUAUACUGCCAUAAAAGUGUUGACCUUGGAGUAUGUACCAGGCAUUAAAAUAAAUGGGUUGGAUAUGCUAGAUUCAAGGGGUUUUAAUCGUUCUCGAAUUGCAUCACGUGCUAUUGAAGCAUACUUGAUUCAGAUUUUAAAAACCGGUUUCUUUCACGCGGAUCCUCAUCCUGGAAAUCUUGCUAUUGAUACGGAUGAAGCUAUAAUUUACUAUGAUUUUGGAAUGAUGGGGGAGAUCAAAUCAUUUACAAGGGAGAGGUUGCUUGAACUUUUUUAUGCGGUUUAUGAGAAAGAUGCUAAAAAGGUCAUGCAAAGUCUCAUAGAUCUUGAAGCGCUUCAGCCCACAGGAGAUAUGUCAUCGGUGAGGAGAUCCGUGCAAUACUUUUUGGACAACUUACUUAGCCAGACACCAGAUCAGCAGCAGACAUUGGCUGCCAUUGGAGAGGAUUUAUUUGCUAUAGCUCAGGAUCAACCAUUUCGGUUCCCAUCCACCUUUACCUUUGUGAUGAGAGCAUUUUCAACCCUUGAAGGUAUUGGUAAAAUACUUGAUCCAGAUUUUUCCUUUGCGAAGGUUGCUGCACCAUACGCGCAGGAGCUCUUAGAUACAAAGCAACAGCAGCGUGCCGGGACACAACUUCUAGGAGAAAUAAGGAAACAAGCUGAUGACGCCAGAACAUACACUAUAUCCAUGCCCUACAGAGUGCAAAGGAUAGAGGAAUUUGUGCGACAACUAGAAUCUGGAGAUCUAAAACUCCGAGUCAGGGUGCUUGAGUCUGAAAGAGCCUCUCAUAAAGCAUCAAUACGACAAAUGGGAACCAUUUAUACAGUAUUUGGAGGUACUCUGCUAAACCUCGGGGUCACCUUAAGCAAUCAAGGCAAUCAAAUUAUUGCCAACGGUUCAUUCAUUGGCGCAGCUGUUUUCUUCACACUUUUUCUUAGGUCAAUGCAGCGAGUGAAGAAUCUCGAUAAAUUUGAGAAGAUGAUUUGAAGUUUUUCCUUCGUCAUCGACAGAUGUUUGAUCUCAAUUCUUAAGCCAGUUCAUUGUUUUCAUAAUUUUAAACCACAGAAAGAAUGUCUGUUUUUUUUUUUUUUUUUUUUUGGUUAGGUGAAUAACCAAAUAUAGUUCUGUGCAGUGUAUGUAAAGAUGAGAUGCUGCUUCAAUAGAAUUAUGAAUUAUGGCUUCCUCAGCCAAUUGCCAUGUAAAAUUCAACAUCUCUAUGAUAUUCAAUGAAGGGAUAUAUUGAAGUUGGUGUAUCUUA